AUGCCCGAUGAAAAUUUUUCUUUUCCUACAAAAGCAGUUAUUGUUGGAAAAGAAAAAACACCAAGAUUUUUAAAAUUUCAAUUUAAAUGGUUUUCUAGCUAUUCUUGGUUAGUAUAUUCUGCUAUUGACAACGGAGCGUACUGUAAAUUUUGCGUAGCUUUUUCCAAAUACUCUGGAGGGAUUAACAAUCAGUCACUAGGCUCGUUGGUCAUAAAAAAAUAUGAUAAUUGGAGACAUGCGUUAGAGUAUUUUAAAAAUCACUCAAAUCUCGAAUAUCACAAAAAAUGUGUGUUGGAUGCAGAUAGAUUUUUAAACAUGGUGAAAAAUCCUACUUUAUCGAUUGAUAAACAAAUUGACAUUGGAAAAGCUAGAGAAGUAAUGAAAAAUCGUAAAAAUAUAGUUCCUAUAAUCGAAGCAAUUAUUUUGUGUGGCCGUCAAAAUUUAGCGCUUAGAGGUCAUCGAGAUUCAGGAAAAAUUUUAACAUGUUCAGAUUCCGAAAUAAACAAUGAAGGCAAUUUUAGAGAAAUUCUUCGAUACAGGGCUCAAGGUGAUAAUGAUUUGAAAUCAUAUUUAGAAGGUCCUGGAACAAUCAAAUAUACUAGUGCUACAAGUCAGAACGCAAUUAUUGAAGCGUGCAAUAAGGUAUUGCUUGAUAAAAUAGUUUCAAGGGUUAAUGCAUCAAAAUGCUUUUCUAUUUUAGCAGACGAAACAGCAGAUGUGUCGGGGGAAGAACAAGUGUCUCUAUGUGUAAGGUAUGUUGAAAUAAACCAUCUUGAACUCCGCGAAGAAUUUUUACAAUUUGUGCCAACAUUUGACGUGACGGGAAAGGGAUUGGCAAAACUAAUUAUUGAUAAUCUUCAAAAAUAUGGCAUAGAUACUAAGUACUUAAGAGGCCAAGGAUAUGAUGGAGCAGCAUCCAUGUCAGGUAAAUUAAAUGGAGUUCAAGCACACAUAAAAAAAAUACACCCAUUGGCAAUGUACGUACAUUGCUCAGCACAUUCAUUAAACCUGGCAGUUUCUAAAUCGUGUAGUGCAGCAGAAUUAAGAGAUUGCUUAUCAACUUUAGGUAAAGUCCGUGACUUUUUCAUUUAUCCAAAAAGAAAAUCUGUUUUACAUCAUCAAAUUGAAAGUUCUUCCGAGAUAUCAUCAAAAAAAACAUUAAAAAGAAGUUGCGAAACAAGAUGGAUCGAAAGAUUUCAUGCAGUUAAUGAUUUUAUAGAGCUUUAUAAUCACGUUAUUGAAUCAUUAGAAAUAAUAUCUGAAUGGGUUGAUAGUGAAACAUCGGGUAAAGCAAGGAUUCUUAGAAACGCUGUAUUAAAUUUAGAAUUUUUGGUAUCUCUGUUCGUGUUAAAUAAAGGAUUUAGUAUAGGAUUACCUCUAUCAAAAUUAUUACAAAAUCCAAAUAUUGACUUAAAAGUAGCAGUAAUACUAGCCAAUGAUACUAAACAGGAGUUACAAGAUCUCAGAAAAAAUGCUGAAGAAUUUUGA